UGUUCGAAGUGUCAGCUUUUCCUCGUUGCGGGGUUUAGCGCGCCACAAAAUUUACAGUUUCCCGGCGUCUUUACGGGUGUUCUUGCAAUAGGUUUACAAGCUUAGUUUCAACGAUCACUCGGUGUACUCAAGAUGGCCUGCUCAUCCAGGCGUAUUGUUUCAAGAGUGAACUCUACUAUAUCGGGUUCCCACCUUCUGGAUCUAACAGAUGAAGAAUUUGAUGCUGUUCUCCAAAUACUGAGCCCAAGGGAGCUUGAGGAUGCAGCCCAUGUCUUACAAGAUGCAAUCAACAAACUCCAGCAUGAGUACAAGCGUCUCAGCAGUGUACAGUAUUCAGACGAAGAGGACAACAACAACCAGUUCACAUCCUCUGAGCAAAAGCUUGCCAAGCUGUGCUUACGGAACCGCAAGUGCUUGUCCAGGUUGAUGACCGUAGAAUGGGAGAGUGAGAAGAAGUCAGAGAGCAGCUCAGAACUGAGCUCUGAGGUGAGCUCGGAUGAACUGACUGACCAUCAGGAUUCUGACGGCUCUGAGAUCUCCUCGGAGUGCUCCAGCUGCCUGAGUCACAAAAGAGACACGCAGACCUUUGCCGAGCUAGAAUCCAUCAGUGAGGAGGUGGUACCGGAGGGACCCAGGCCCACCGACCUUAAGUCCUGCCGGGACUUUGUCCAGAGCCUGGCUGCCCAGGUGGAGGCCAUGCAGGAGGCCAUCCGCAAGAGCAAGGAUGACCUCCUGAGUGAGGAGGUUCCCACAGUCAAGCAAAAGAGCAAUUAUCAGGAGACAAGCAGCUCCAGCGAUACAUUCCGCAUCGGAAGCGGCGACUACUCAGACGUCCCAGAGGAAGACCCUCACCUUGCCGAGCCUGAGUACAUGUACAGCCUCAACAGCUCCAGGCUGGAGGAUGAUGGCAGCUAUGAGACUCCCAUGAGACGAAUGGACAGGCAGGUCAAAGGUCAGAAUGGCCCCACAACAGCCAAGUUGCGCAACCAUGCUCACCACCACAGCCAACUGACACACAGUUUGGACCAAUCAGAGUAUGAGGAAGUCCUGCGGGUACCUCGCCGCCACCAGAACAGGCCAGAGUCCGGCCAGAACUACAUGGCGGUCUCCUCCAUGUACAUAAACACAGAGGUUCCCAUGAACAACUCGGCCAGGCUGGAUGAGAACAGCACCAACCAUAUUCUGAACUCGUCAGUCCCUACCGCUGACGACACAGCAAUCUAUGAAUUCCCACCCGCAGAUGACUGCUGUGAGGCCGAUGAACAUCUGGAUAGGAGCAUAAGGGGAAGUCUGUCCUCCAACCACCACGAGGAGGUCAUAUACAAAUAUGAUGGUCCCAUCAUAUUUGGCAUCAGUGAUACCAGUGAGGUUGUUCACUUUGAAGAAAGGGAUAAUGUCAAGAAAUGGGAUCCGAUUCCCAUAGUGCAGGAUCUAUAUUCCAACAUCCAGCGGCACCAGCAGGAUAGGGAGAGCCCCCUGUGCCGGGCAGGGGAGGUCAGCAUGGAGGGCUACAUGGAGAAGCUGCCUAUGGGAAGACGCAGGGCUUCCUUCAUCAAGAAGUGGAAGAAACGCUACUUCAGAUCCAAACAGGGAAACCUCUUCUAUUACGAGGACCACAAAGCCAAGAAAUCCCUGGGCUACAUCCAGCUCGUCGGUGGUCGCAUUACGGAGAUCAGCAACAAAUGCAUCGAGGUCACAGACUUGAGGGGCAGAGUGUUACUGCUGCGAUGCAGCAGCCGAAUGGAAUUUGAAGAUUGGAAAGUCAUACUGAAUGCAGAGAGUGGCGUGUACAGCCCAACACCCAAAUCGCCAGCGGUGCCAACCAUCAGAAAGCAUGUUGCCAUCAUCGACAUGGGUGGUUGCUCAGUGCGUGCCGGUGUCCUCUCAGACAGUGACUCCCCCAACCCUCAAGUCUUCUUCCCCUGUGUGGUGGCCACCAACACCAAGCACAAGGAUCGCGUGGCCUACGGCUUUGAAGCCCUGACCCCCGAGGUCCGCUGCCUGUCCAAGCUGACGUCACCCUUCAGGAACCCCUCUCUGCAGGAACAAGUCAAGGUGCGACGGACCAAGUUCAAGUUGAGCAUGCAAACAGUGGAGGGACUCCUGGACACAGCCUUCACUGAGCUGGGCAUUGAUCCAAUUGCAUACCAACUCAUGGUCAUCCUGCCCUUCAACCUUGGACCAAAACUCACGGAGAAAGUAGUGGAGAUGAUCUUUGAUCGUUUCAACCCAGAAGGCGUGUUUGUUCAGGAGCAAGCAUUGAUGGCCCUCUAUUCGUACAAGGCGACCUCUGGGAUAGUUGUGAACAUUGGGGAGAGGAUUGAUGUAGUGCCCAUUGUGGAUGGAUACAUCAUCCAGAAAGGAGUGUAUAGGCUGCCGUUUGGCGGACGACAGAUCACAGAGCACUUACAGCGGCUGUUGACGGAGGGCGGUUAUCGAUUCUUCACAGAGAUUGAGAUGUACAUAGCAAGAUAUCUAAAGGAAAGGGCCUGCUUCGUAGCUCAGGACUAUCAUGCUGAGUUCAAGUUCUGCUCCCUAGACCCUGAACUCUGCAGCACUUACAUCGAUGUAGAAAAGUUUGACGUUCCCAAUGGAUCGAGAUCUGUCAAGUUAGACUACUCCCGGUUCCGUAGCACAGAGGGUUUGUUCCAUCCAGAGGUCUGGGGCAAAGAUCAUCCUGGUUUGCAUACAUUGGUCUACAAUGCCAUCCAGGCAUGCAGUAAUGACAUCAGAAAGCAGAUGUGCAGGUCUGUGUAUCUGUGUGGGGGGACAACCUUGUUACCUGGUCUAGCUGAGAGACUGAGGAGUGAGCUCUGCCGAAUGUUGCCCAAGAGCUCCCCUGUUAAGGUCCAUGCAUCACCAGAGCGUUACCAUUCUGCAUAUAAUGGAGGAACAGUACUCGGCACCCUGUCGGCCUUUGACAACAUGUGCAUCACCAAAGAAGACUGGAAACAGCUCGGCGCGACCAGCCUCACAAAGUGGCAGAACACGUAAUCGGUGGCAUAGACAUAGCUGUGAUGUGCGGCGUGUAUAGUCAAAACCACCGGGGCCAUUUUUGGUGUGGGGCCAGUAUUCAGAUAUGAUGAUAUUGCUCAUUUACACGCAUGCUCAAGAUGAAUGCAUUUCAUUAAAAUGCAGAAACAAAUAGCAAACCUUUUGACUCUGGGCAACCCACUCGCAGACCAAAAGAUAUUCAAUGUGUGAUUGGCAAUGCACACUAGUCAAACUGUGUUUGAAAUGAAACUGUAAAAUGUGGCUAGAACUUACUGUAUAUGUAAACAUGUACUGCAUGCAACACUGAAAUGUACAGUAUGCAGGAAGUAUUUUUAUUUCGUUAUGUUGUCCCCAGGAUGUAUCAGCUGAAAUCAGAGCAGAUUGAGUAGUCUUUCUUGCCAGCUGUUAGUUUACAUGUACAAUGUAUUGAUGGAACGGAAUACUCUAGCAGCUUUUAAAAAGUAAUUUUUACAUUGUUUUAAAUGAUCUCGCUAUUAUUGCAGUAAAUCGUGGACAGCUCUUCUACUGGAAGAAAAUUUUGUACCAACAAUUUUUUUCUUCUUGCAAGGCACACUGGAGCCAUUCCAAUCAAGUGCCAAGUGACACAUGUUAGUGCUUCUUACUUUUCUUGUUGUAGACAUUAUGCAUGUUACUUUUGUGAAAUAUUUUGAUGCAGCAGUUCCGCAAUGCAGUAGUUCACACUAAUUUGGGGUCCAAUCCCACGGUUGAACUGAAUUUACUGCUGUAAUAAUGCUUUGUCGGCAAAGAGCUUAUUCUUUAAAUGUCUGCCUGAGUUUAAGAAAACCAGACCAAGUUAUGACCAUUUAUCUUAUUUUUAGGCUGCUGCAAAAAACAGGGAAAAUACACUCAAAAUACAGUGAUAGGGUUAAAACCGGCGUAAUAGCCAGUUGAGCAUACCGUAAACACUCUAUAAAAUUUAUAUUUUUUGAAACUUUUUCCCAUUGCUGGUUGCGUUUCCUUACAAUAAGUGUCUGAUUUAUAUUUCCCGAGACACCUACAAUUAAGAGAAUUAAUAUGUGCUCGGCCGGUCCAGACCAGCUCAGGAGAAUGGAGUCAGUGGACGUACCUAAUGCCAGAGCCACAGGCAAGGGCAUUAUCAGUGUUCGGUCUCCUACGCAGGUCUUAAAACAUCAGUUUAAGACAGCCAAGCACAUGUUUAUUCCCAUUUAUAAAAUAUCUUUUCAGUCAGAGGGAAAAAAAAUCAAUAUAUGAUGGAUUUCAAACAAUUUUGUUUUAGAAUUUUACUUUCAUUUUCCCAAAUACCCCCCGUCCGUUUUAUAGUAUAUAUUCCUUGUGCAAAAUGUACAAAAGAAUCUCCUUAUAUGGACGUGGCGUGCGCGUGGCAAGCCGCAUACACACAGACUCUUGCAAUCAGAGUCGAUUAAAGUGUCUCGUAUCCAGGUGCUAGCACGUGAUAUAUGCAGCAGGCAUCAUCACUUCUCAGCAGGCAUUAUCAAAUGUGAAUACAAAGUCAAGUUGCUCGUUGUUGAAUAGGGAGACUGUCUGAGGUAUUUAUGAAUGGCAGUUACGUCAUAACAUUUGUAUCUUUCAUGAGACUAAACACUGUUUAAAGCAGUUGUUGCCACUGUUAAUCUCUUUGGUUCAAUUUCAUGCUGAAAUUACAAUUUUGCAAUGAAAACGUGCCCCAUGUGCAAUAUUCUGUAAAAUAGUGUAUAUACCUGGAAGUCAUGUACAGUGAUUGACUCUUGUAAAUAAGUAUGAAGAGAAUGGCCAUAUUUUAAUCGUAAAGGGCUAGGCCUAGCCUUUAUUGACAUAAGGGAGACCCGAGUUAAGGUACACUUCAGAAAGAAUUCAAUAACUGUAUAGCAUAAUUGUAUGAAAAAACAAUGUAAUCAAGGAUUUCAAAAGCAGAAUGUAUUUUCAGUAAACCUGGUGCUAUUUUGUUAACAAAAAUAUAUUGUAUGAGUUAAAAGUUAUAGAACAAGAAAAAACAUUCUAUAGAGGUAAAUAGCGGCAAUAUACAAAUCCACAUUGCCUCCCACUUUUAAUGAUCAAAUCAAUUUGCAUGAUCUUAUGUUAAAUAUUGUUAACAAUACAAAGUGAUGCCAUUUCCCACUGAUUAAGCUGGAUUAAGAUAUAGAUACAUAAAACCUGUAAAAGACAUAUUCAGUGAAGUAUAAACUAUUGUGGAGUUACUUUGUGACAAAGCAGAUUCUGUCAGCUCCAAAACAUUAAAGUUGUGGUAGAGGAGCGAUUUUGGGGGGAUGGUGUGUUAUUUCAAGCUGGUUUAUUAUAUGCAGACUAUGUGAAGAACAAUAAACUGGAUGCUGGAUGGAGAGGUA